AUGACAAGCGAAAAAACCAAAAAGCCAGGCCCCGAAUUGCUCGUCGUUUCUAACCGUUUGCCGGUGGGCAUUAAGCGCAAAGAUGAUGGUAACUACGAAACUUCCGUGUCCAGCGGCGGGCUGGUUAGCAGCCUGAGCGGGCUCUCUGAAAAUGUUACUUUCCAGUGGUUCGGAUGGACCGGCAUAGAGAUUCCAGAUGAUGAGAAGGAGGGGGUAAAGAAGUUACUGGCGAAGGAUAAUGCGGUGCCGGUGUUUUUUAAUAAGCAAUUGGCGGAGGAUCACUACAAUGGCUUUGCCAAUUCGAUUCUGUGGCCUGUUUUACACUAUCAGCCCGGUGUUCUUCAUUUCGACGAGACCUACUGGGAGGCGUACUCCAAAGUGAAUCAAAUAUUCGCAGCACAGGUCGCCGAGUCGGCUUCGGAUGGCGAUAUAAUUUGGAUACAUGACUACCACCUGAUGCUGCUACCCAAGUUGCUUCGAACAGAAUUAAAGAACCGUGGCAAGAGCGCAAAGAUUGGUUUUUCGCUGCAUACCCCGUUCCCAGUGGCUGAAAUUUACCGCACGCUCCCAACAAGCCACGAGGUAUUGGACGGCCUGUUAUAUGCAGAUUUAAUUGGUUUCCAUACCGAGGAUUAUGUCCAACAUUUUGUUCAAUCUUGCCAAACCAUUUUAAGCGUGCCAUGCGAGGACCAUAAGCUCCGUUAUAAAGACAGAGAUGUCCAUGUCGGCAAGUUUGUCGUGGGAAUUAACCCGGAGCGAUUCCAAGAAGCUCUAGCCUCGGACCAAGUUCGCAACCGUAUCGCCGAGUUUAACAAAAAAUAUGAAAAUGUGAUUCGUGUCGUGGGCGUUGACCGUUUGGAUUAUAUCAAGGGCCUUCCCCUGAAACUUCGCGGUUUUGAGUGCCUACUCCGUGAACAUCCAGAUAUGGUUGGGAAGAUUGUCCUGAUUCAAAUUGCUGUGCCCAGUCGGGAGGACGUGCCAGAGUAUCAAGAAUUACAGACUGAAAUUCAGACAACUGUGGGAGAGAUUAACGGGAAAUAUGGCACGCCAGACUACGUCCCAAUUGUAUAUGUACACAAGUCGAUUCCAUUCGAAGAAUUGACGGCGCUCUAUGCCGCUUCUGAUAUCUGCCUUCUCACCUCAACGAGAGAUGGCAUGAAUCUUGUUGCAGCGGAAUACACAGUCUGUCAAGAUGAACGAAACGGUGUGUUGUUGCUUUCUGAAUUCGCAGGCACGUCCACGUAUUUCUACGAGGGAAGCAUCCAAUUUAACCCGCUCAACGCCCACGAGAUUUCAGACGCUUUGUACACUGCUGCGAAAAUGGAUACGAAGGAAAGGGUUGAACAGCAUAAGAAUCUUAUGGAAUUUAUCCAUAAUCACACUAGGUUAAUGCCCCCUACCUUGCUGUUAAGAACCUUCAUCUUCAAAUUCGCUAACCAGGUUAUUUCCAAUAGUACGCAUUGGGGUAAAAGCUUCAUCGAUGCGCUCUCUGCUUGCUGA